UUUGGGGCACGGCGCGACGUCUAGACACGUCACUGUCUAGCGCUUGACGUCACUGAGCCAAUAUGGCUGGACAGCAUCGGCUGUCUGCAUUGCUUUAACAAAAAGGACGUUCCAGUGGUUUUAAGGGAAAUUUUAAACGAAUAUGUCGGAUUACUUAAGAUCUGCUUUGGGAUAUUUGAACGGUGGGUCUAACUCAAACGAGUACGUAGGUCAGACUUUAGAAAUCAACAAUGUGAAACUUCGGGUGACCAGGCUUCUGGCAGAGGGUGGCUGGGCUCUAGUAUUUGCAGUGGAAGAUAUAGCUACAGGCAAAGAGUAUGCUUUGAAGAGACUAAUUGCUGUAGAUGAUGAGGCUAACAGAACUAUCAUUCAAGAGAUAGAUAUAUUAAAAAAACUAUCAGGUCAUCCAAACAUUAUCCAGUACUUAUGUGUUCAGCGAUUAGAGCGUGAAGACCAAAAAGGAUAUGAAUAUUUAUUGGUCACAGAGCUCUGUCCAGGUGGCACUGUGGCAGAUUUACUACGAAAUGCCUCAACCGAUUCGUUGACACUUGCUCAAGUGUGUAAAAUAGCCUAUCAAGCAACUAGGGCCAUACAUCACAUGCAUAGUCAGCAACCACAACCUUUUAUUCAUCGUGAUAUUAAGUUGGACAACUUUUUAAUUGGAAGUGAUGGAUUGAUUAAACUCUGUGAUUUUGGAAGCACCACUACUCAACAAAUACUACCUGAUUCCUCAUGGAAUGCUCAAAAACGCGCUACGCUAGAAGACCAGAUGGCAAAAUACACUACUCCUAUGUACCGAGCCCCAGAAAUAUUGGAUACUUGGAAUAAUGAGCCAAUUGGUCCACCUAUAGACUGUUGGGCUCUUGGGUGCAUUCUUUAUUCACUAAUUAGUCUGCGACAUCCUUUCCCAGAAGGCAACAAACUAGCAAUUGUUAACGCCAGAUAUUCUCCCCUAUCACCUAAUUCUCGCUUCAACUGCCUGAAUGAUCUGGUAAAAGGAUGUCUCCAAACAUCACCCCUACACCGGCUGACAGCGGCAAUGGUGUUGGAACGUCUAGCAGCAAUCGCAGAGUCAAAUAAUUUUGAUCCUAGAGAAGCAGCAAAGAUAGAAGUUGCAGCAAAACCACCUCCACCGCCUAGACCAUCACCACCACCAGCAGCUCCACCUCCAAGACCUUCACCACCGCCUACAAUGCCGCCCCCAAGACCUGCUCCUUCUCAGAGUACAAUAUCCAAGACUCCGGCAGUCCAACCUACAGGCCUAUUUAGUUCGUUAAAAGGUGGUGCCGGAAGUAUCCUACGCAAUCUGAAAGACACUUCGAGCAAAGUGAUGCAUUCGGUGCAACAAAGCAUGGCUAGAACCGAACUAGAUGCAAGCUACUUAACGUCCCGACUACUAAUUAUGCCGUAUCCAGCGGAUGGAAUAGAAUCUGCUUAUCGCGCCAAUCACGUCGAGGAUGUCAGAGCCUUUUUACAAGCCAGACAUCCACCACCAGCGAGAAUUCAGCUAUAUAAUUUAUCUCGCGGACGACCGAACGUAUCUAGACUUCCUGGCAGACACAUCGACUGCUCUUUCGCUUACGCCUCGGCAGAAUCUAACGCUCCUCUACUAUCCGCCCUAUAUCAAAUUUGCCAGGAUAUAGUUCGAUAUUUGGAUGCUAAUGCUAAUAAUAUCGUCGUUCUAUACUGUACAGAUGGAAAUCGAGCAAGUGCUACUAUUGCAUGCGCGCUACUUCUCUACUCCAGUGCAUUGGCAAGUUACGAAGAGGCAAUAGCACUGUUUACGACAAGACGAUGUCAGGCUCCACAGUUGCAGCCUUCUGAAUUGCGCAGUAUUAAUUAUAUGGGUUUACUAGCAUGUGGCGUAUUUCCGCACACAAAGCCCCUAGUGCUUCGCUCUCUUCUGCUACAGCCAGUACCCUUGUUCACGCGUGCAAAGGAUGGCUGCCGACCUUAUGUAGAAAUUUAUAGCAACGGGGCUCUCGUCUUCUCUACACGACGUCCAGAUUACGACGAGAUGAAAUUAUUUGGCAUUAUGGAAGGAAAGAUUUGUCUGAUAUUGGGUGAUGCGACUGUUCGUGGCGAUGUUACUGUCGUCGUGUUCCAUGCUCGGCAACAAUUGGGGCGUGUCAUGGGAAUUAAAAUUGCUUCUGUAUACUUUCACACUGGAUAUGUUCCCCUAACAGAAAGUACUUUAAUAUUUGAAAAGCAUAAUUUGGACGAUGCGCCUGAAAUAGGUGGAAAAUUCCGUGUUGUAUUGAACGUGAUGAUUGAUGAGGAUACCGGAAAAUCUCCUGCAAUUCUCGCACCUUGGGAUGCGGACUCAUCGCCUAAACCCUCUCCCGAUCCACUGUUUGGAUCGACAUUAGAAAUGGAGGAGACGCUAGAAAACUUCAGAACAACUACAGAACUGGACGAGGUGCCUGAUGAACCGAGUGCCCCAACUUCAGUUCCUGAGGUAGUUCAAGAUGUUUUAGAAACGGAAUCACUAAGACCAGACGAACAAGAAGAAGAGGAAGAAGAACAAAAGGAACAGAAUCAGUUUGCAGAAGCUGAUUUAUUGAACCUUGGAAUGCCUGAAACUCAUACUACUGCAAAUACUCCUGUCCCACCUACAGUUAAUCCAGGAUUGGAUAUAUUUUCAAACUCUAGUCAAAAUGAAGAUGAUCUCCUUGGGGGUUUCGCGACGUUUAGUCAACAAGGGGCUGCGAAUUCCCAAUCAAAUAUCAAUGACCCCGUUUCAAACGACUUACUCUUUGGUCAUGGUCAACCUAGCGUAAACGAGAAACCCACUAGCAAUGUUAACGUGAACGACUUACUCUUCGGACAACAGCACCAGCAACCGCAACCUGCAACAAAGAAAGGAAACGAUUUACUCUUUGAUCCCUUGGGAGGAACCGGUACUAACGCCUUUCUAGGAAAUUGGAACAAUUCAAAAACAACUGGUCCCAGCACCACAACCACUGAAGAGAAUUUCCCACGAAAUUCAAGCGUACCGAAUUUUGCAGCACAGAGCAAAGAUCCAUUUGCAAAUCUAGCUGGUUCCUUAGGAGCAGGACUGACUUCCAGUUGGAAUGGAACACCUAGAGACUCGAACACUCCUCAAUCAGCUAGUCCAGCUCCAGCUGGAACUCCAAUUCACUCGAGUCCUCGUAUGCAUAAAUCGGCUACCUCGAACGAUACAGCUUCUGCUGCUGCUGCUGACUCGAGUCUUUUUAAUAAUAAACCAACGAAGACGGGCGGUGAUGCGUUUGAGGAUUUACUUGGAAGCCAGGGCUACAAUUUCUUCAGUUCCCGAAAGGCCGAGAAAGAGAGUCCUAAGACAAUAAAUCAAAUGCGCAAAGUAGAAGCGGCAAAGACGAUGGAUCCGGAUAGAUUAAAGGUGUCCGAAUGGACGGAAGGAAAGAAAGGAAAUCUGAGAGCCCUUUUGUGUUCUCUUCAUACUGUCCUUUGGCCUGAGGCUGACAGAUGGCAACGGUAUGAGAUGCAUCAACUGGUUUCUGCUGCGGACGUUAAAAAAGCUUAUCGAAAGGCCUGUCUCGCUGUUCAUCCUGACAAGCAAGCCGGAACUGCAAAUGAAAACAUAGCGAAACUAAUCUUUAUGGAGCUGAAUAAUGCCUGGAGCACUUUUGAGAAUGACGCGUCUCAACAAAAUCUAUUUAGCUAAUUAUAGAGAUUGUUACUUGUUGUUAAGAACUAGUACCUAGCCGCAUACUAUGAUAGGCUGGAAUCAGAUGAAAUAAUGAUAUUCUGCUAUCUGUAAGAUAAUUUUCCUUAUCGCAUUCCAACAACGUUAUUACAGUUAUAGCCGAUAAAGAAUAAUGUAUCAUAAGCAAAAAGAAAAAAAAAAGAGAUGAUCAAGAGAGAAACUCAUAACGAUGAGCAUAUCGUUUCUGAACUCGUUAUUUAAUUCCGAGAGUAAAAUUUAGGCUAUCCUUCAAAAAGCUAUUACAUUAUGUAUAUAUAAGACAAUGUAAAUUAAGCAGAUUCGAAAUAUACGCAGAUAUUUUCUGGG